AUGGAACAAGUACUUUCCCUUUAUGAUUACAACAAUUUCGGGGAGUCAAAUCCUUUGUGUACGAGUUGUACUUAUCUUCCCAACUAUAGCCAGGAAUGGAUGAAUGGAGAUAUUUCUUAUAAUGGAUGCUAUUCUCCAGUUGACAGUGAGAUUGAUUGCUGUCCUUCCUUUGAUUGCUCAUCCAUGGGUUGCUCCUCUUGCUUUGAUGGCUGCUCUACUAUUGAUUGCAGUUCUUCUGUUGCCAGUUGCUCUUCUGCAUGCUGUUGUGAUACGUUUUUGGAGAUGUCCGAUCCUCCGCUCUGUAAUCCUCUGGGUUCUUGCGACUCGGUUAGCAAGUCUAUUUUGCUUCCAAGAGGUUCUAGUGUGUUGUAUCGGUGCAACUCAAGUCUUCCAAUUCCCUCGUUCGCGUUCGAAAAUGGUACUGUUUUACCUGCCAAUGAAUCUGCGACACUUGCAAUGUCUCUUCCCAACCAAGAUGUGGCGUUUCCCACAUCAGUCAGUUCGGAAGUACUUUUUAACGAGCAAGAGAUGAAAGAGGAGGAGGAAGGAGAGGGAGAAGAAAUGAAUAAUAUUGAUAGCAAUGAUGAUAAUUAUACUAUUACUUCGACUACUACUACUUUUAAUAAUAAUAAUAAUACUAAUAAUAAUGAUUUUAUAAAUGAUGAUAUCAAUUAUACCAAUGAAAUGAAUACGGAAGAAAGCACUCAGGAUCAGAAUACGAUCGGUGAAAUGCCCGUUCAGUAUCCUCCAUCGAAGAGAGGAUCGUUCCCUUUGGAACCUGAACCUGAACCCGAACCUGAACCUGAGCCAGAACGAGAGCAUAAACGUGUUCGAGACCAUUCUGAGGAGCGAGAGCAGGAUAGCGAUGGAGAUUGGAUGCUUCUCCCAGAGUCAGAGAUAUUUGAGAACCCAAGUGGUCGAAGUCCUCCCAAGAUGUGGACGAAAGAGGAGUGCAACCGUCUCCAUACUGCCAUUAAUCGCUUCGGUGUAGGUCAUUGGACCGAGAUUUCGCGAUAUGUGGGCACUCGCUGCGUGAGUCAGUGCAUUAAUAAGUGGAAGAACAGUCUUUCGAAGAAGCGAGAGCGAUGGACGGCUGCUGCGACGAAGCAGCUGAAGGAAUAUGUCCAGAGCGGCGCGAGCGAGAAGGAAAUCGCGAAGCUGAUGCCGCAGUACACAUAUAUCCAAUUAUAUCAGCAGAUCCGCAAGCUGCGGACGAACACCAGUCCUUGGGCUGAGUGGGAAACGGAGCUGCUGAUCAAGCUGAAGCUGGAAGGGCGCUUGGGCGACACGGAGAUCGGGCGCCAGCUGAACAAUCGCCAUCGCGACAACGUGAAGAACGUCUGGAAUCGCAUAAAGCGCGAGCAACACUUGUAA